GCAAAAUCUGCACUCCAGUCUCCAGUGAACAGGACAACUUGCUCCACGAGCUGAAGCGGCGAAGGCCCGGAGGGCGGCAUUGUGUUGUAUUCGAAAGCGACAGUGUCAGUGGUAGGAUAUCUUCUGAAUCGUCUGUCCUCCAUCCUCCGCACACGCAGCCUCUGGACACCUUCUAGUCGUGUUAGCAUUUCCAGGUGUUUUACAAUUGCCACUACAUUCCCUGCACAAUCGGAUUCUUGCUGUUGCCCGUCAGUUGGCAUCAUAAGGAUCGGACUAGCGGAGGGAAACAUUCUGCUGCAGCAGCGCAACCUGCCAUCAGUGUGCAUCUAUCCUCCUUCAAGAUUGAUCAGGUUGCUCAAAGACUGAUACUGAGCGAUGAGCAGGAUGGCAAACAACGCAGUUGGCCGGCCGCUGUUCAGUCUUCUAGACAGCAAGCUGAGAGCGGCUUUCAACCCCGUUAAUCUCACCAUCGUCAAUGAGUCACGAAUGCAUGCUGGCCAUUCUGGCAACCCGUCUGGGGACCCCGAUGCUGAAACGCACUUCCGAGUCGAAAUGAUAUCCGAGGCGUUUGAAAAGAAGCCUUUGGUCCAGCGGCAUAGACAAGUUUAUGAUCUCCUCAAAGAGGAACUAGAACCAGGAAAGAUUCAUGCGCUGGCACUGAAGUUGAAGACGCCCUCAGAAGCAGAAAAAGAGGCUUCCAAGAGAACGUUAUAAUGAUCUCAAAAUCAGUUCCUUGCUUAACGAGCUUGUUGGGUACACAAGCCAAGCUUAUUCCGAAAGGUUGCGUUGGUGUGUAAUCCUAGAGCUCUGUGCUCGGAAGUAAUCUUGUAAAGUUCUCCAUGUGGCACUCUGGAAAUAUAAAAAGUCUUUGGCGGUCCUAUAUCUGGC